CACCCCGGCAACCGUUCAGGCGUCACCAGCCCCGACCGCGAAUUCAUGAGUGCGCACUUCUCCCAGGACGCCGUCCCGUCUCGGACACGGCUGCCGCGGCUGUGUCGCGCUAUGGAGGCCGGUCCGUGAGUGGCAGCGAACCAGAUGCCUGGUUCCGUCUGCUCAGGCUGCGUUUGUUCGCGCUGUAGCGGAGCCGGACGUCGCUGUGCGGGUGCUGUCGUUUUCCCCCAGCUGCAGCCAACAUGGCUGAGAAUGACAGCGAGUGGGUGGUGGAGAGCAUCGUCGGGUACCUGGGAAGUCCUGAGUGGGUCAUUCCUGUCACGGACUUUAUGGAAAACAAAUGCACGGUUUUUGACGACGAAGAUGAAAACAAGUUGUCAUACACAGAAAUCCAUCAUCAGUAUAAAAAAUUGGUGGAGAAGCUGUUAGAGAAUUACAUGCAGGAGGUUGGCAUCAAUGAGCAGCAGUUUCUGGAUGCCUGCACGUCUCCUUUUGCCAAGUCCCAAACUCUGCAGUCGGUUUUUCAGCCAAUUCUAGCUACAGAUGACUUCCAGAUGUUUCGCUCACUAAUGGUUCAAAAGAACAUGGAGCUGCAGCUUCAAGCCCUCAGGGUCAUUAAAGAGAGAAAUGGGGCUCUGCCAGAGUGUCUCACAGAUGGUGUGGAUGUGAUGACAGAGUUGCAGCAACAAGAAAUGAAAAUUCUGCAGGAGGUUCUCAAACAAUCAAAAGAGGAGUAUGAUAAGGAAAUAUCCAUGAGGCUGCUGUUAGAGGAAGACACUGGUUCCACUUCCAAAGGUGAUAAGCCAAUGGCAAAGAAUGGGGACUCCCAAAACCCAGCCUCUCCUCCCGGACAACAAAGUACCAUUGCCAAGGUGAACAGCAAACCUGUGAUAAAAGAAGAGAGGAAGACAGCAGCUACAGGUGGUGGAGAUCAGAGAGAUUGUGGCAGGAACAGUGUGGAGUCUGGAGUCCUUCCAGCAGUGAGAGCUCCAGUGAAGUACGGUGAGCCCUCACAUAGCAGUAGUCCUCAAAAUAAGGAACAGCGCAGCAGCAGCAGCCACACUGCAGCUGAGACGUGGCUGGAGGAGGCACACAAGGAGGCGGGCUUCUCCAAGCCAUACACUGAGUUGACAGUAUCGCAGCAGGAGCAGCUCCAGCAGAGGGCGGCAUAUCUACGUCAGCAGCGUGACAAGCUGCAAGCUCUGAAGAAAGAACAGCAGAAAACUAAGCAGACAGUCCCAUCAGACGAGGCACCGGCCAGUCCCACACCAGCACCCGUCACACCCCCGGAGGCAGUGGGUCAGUCCCAAAGGAACGGGGUCUGUACCACUCCUCCUCCACAGUACUCUGAUCACUCCUCCAAACAGAAGGAGAUUUCCCCAGAGGAGAAGAAGAAGCUGCAAAAGAGAAAACAUCUAGCUGACAAGUUAAAAGAGGAGGUGAUCAAGAAAUGAUUGCUCUUCCAAUUGAAAUAUUCGCUUCACGUCAGUAAUUAAGCACAACUUCCUUAACACUGCUUCCCUCAGCCAGAUGAUUCUCACCAUUUAUAUUUUGAAAGAACUUCCUUCGUUUUUGACCUUGUCUGCAUCUUAUUGUAUUGGCUACCAGUACAUGGCCUCUGCCCUCAUGACAAUCUCUAGUUAUGUGCAACAGAGCUUCAGAUGUCAGUCAAAUGGAAAAGCACAAGGCUAGAUAACUGCUACCAGUGUUAGUAGACUCCAGUGGAGUUUACUGGCUGACUUUACUUUAAUUACUAGACACCUGACCUGGUGUCCAGAAUCACUCUUGCUAUGGUGUGCACAUUUACUGUGACACUUCAGUGUCCAAACUUUGAACUCGUGUCAAAAUGUGUAAACUGUAGGAACAUAAUUUGCAUUAUUUGAAUGAUUAAUCUGCAGUAAUUUAAUUAUAUGCUAAACCAAUUAUCAAAUUUUGGUCUUUGGUUUAAAUAAAUCACUGUAAGCUGAAUGAAAUUUCAACAGAGAUGUAUAUACGUAGUAUUACACCAGUCAACAAUAUUUAGAUUGUGGAAUGAGUCUGAGGCUUCCCUUCUGUCCUAAAAAAAUGGCAAUUGAGAACAGUGACAUCUGCUGGAUUUUAAAUAAAUGAUGUACCUCCUUUACAAAAAACAAAUGCUUACUGCUUACUACAUACUACAAAGUCAAAAACAUUUAUCCGUUGUCAGCAGAAAUCAAGUAUUGUAGUGAAAUGAAAAUGUUCAAAAUCCUAUUGCACCAUUUACUACUGUGACUUAUGCAGGAAAUGGUGACUGUAGGUGGGCUUGUAGACACAUCCAACAGCGAAGACUUGGAAGGAUCAUGUGGCUAAAGAAUCAUAUGUAUAUGCAGAACUAUACAAGUUCAUCCUUGUCAAAAGAGCACAGUUGAAGUUGUGAAGACAAAGUCAUGUGUUCAAAAAGGGGCCAAGAAAGCAGUGUGUCAUCGUCUAAGGAAAGCAGGUUCAACUUCAGCCAGUCUGCAGUCUUUACUCCAAGGAGUCGUUAUUCACCUGUUUCUAUGUAAUACUGUAUGUAAUAAUAAAUCUCAUUUUAUAGAAACAA